AUGCCAAAUACGGUAGCUAGAUGCACGUAUCCCACGCACGUGCGCAGCGGCAUUGCGUCCGAGCCAUGGACACAAAACAGGGCUUCAGAAAGGCUCGCAUCGCCCGCCCACGUGCAUCAGACAGGCACUCCCCAUUAUGCAGGCCGCUGCACGUGGAGCUUGUUUUUGUGUCAUUUUGAGGCAAGUGCCUGCUCGGCCAGGCGCCGGGCCGGAGUCGGCAUUCUGCGGCGUCGCGUCGCACGUCGCUACGUCGCUGGACACCCAAACACCGCAUAUCCAUUGACGUCCCCGGGCUUUAGGCUUCCCUUUGCGCCCCGCAGGGGGACGCGACGCAAAAGCGUCGCAGGCCACCCCCGAACUCAAAGAUCGCUUAACACGUGGCUAAUCUGCCAUGUGAAUCUCAUUAUCUUUCAUGCAUGCCUAGGAUUCUAUGAACCACCUUGGCGUACGCCAUUGCUGAGAAAAGUGUCGAGACUGUCCAAGAUGGAAAUUCGGCUGCAAGGAUGCAGGGUAUAUAAGGUUAGCGCAUUUACAUUGCAAAAUUUUCCUUGUGGGCAUUGUAUAAAAAGUGUAAACGACUGUAAACGCUUGCAACGCUUGAAACGCUUGUACUGUUCGUGA